CUUUAUACUUCGACACGCGCUCGCGUCCUGCCCACGUACUCGGCACUACAAAGAUUUCAAAUCCCCCACGUUGCAAAGAACAGUGCACGGUUCACCAAUAGUUCAAGAUCAACGACGCCUUGACAUCACAAAGACGCACUUUUUUGAGUUUUACCAUAGCAACCAAUACUAGGAAGCUAUGUCUCGCAGGUCGCUCGAAUCUGAAAGGCCUAUAAUGGCUCCUAGUCAGCUCGCGUCGUCCAAACGUACAUCGAAACGCUACUCCACAUACUCUGCUUCGCCCAGUUUCUCUACAACAGCCUCUAACACGAUGCCAUCGGCGAACAUUCCCACCCCAGAGACCGGCAUGGCCGAAAUCAGCAAGCUCACGAGGGGUCUCGACCGACUUGAGAACAAGCACCUACAACAGCAGCGGUUUGUGCCGUCCCAGAAGAAAGCCGAUGACCUGAGCAAGUUGAGCCUCGGUGCGAAGCUUGAAAGAGCUCUUGGACGGAGGAUGUCCGAUCAAGACGCGGUAUUCAGGGUCAAGAGGCCGAUUCCAAAGACACACAAUUCGUUCCCGAUUCUCGACGAGAAAACGGCUAUUAAGGUCUAGGAUGGCCUGCCGGUCGUCACGUCGACAGUUCUGAUCAAUCCGGAGCGAAAGGCAUCGGUGCCUUGACCAUGUUAUAUAUGGAUUGGUGGAUGUUGUGACGUGCGAUGGAUGUUUUAGGAGCAUGAAGCUGAUGACACGCGCUUGUCUAUUUGCGCACGAGAUACCAUUUUUCUGCACGUUGGUGUUUUGCUUGUUUGGGUUGGGUCGUUGGCUGGAUCCGACCAAUUAUUAU